AUGGAAAGGUAUCGUCAGCGAAUUAGCCUGCUGUUUGGGGAAGAUGGAUUCACGGACGAUGAGAAGACAAUCCAAGAGCAACAAACACUGAAACAACGGAUAAAAGAUGCACUGGGAAGUGACAGUGAAACCGAGGAACCGACAGAACACUGGUCUGACACCAGCAUAAGCACCGACGAGGAAGAAGACACAGUCGACCUAACAUGCAACGAUCUGGAGGCAGACCUAAAAGACUUGCAAAUCGGAAAAGUACAGACGGAGCACAUCACUUUCGACGAAAGAAGACAUGCGAAGGAGUUAGCUCAAUUCCAGAGACAAAUGGCCGCACGUAUCAACAAGAGGAAGUAUAAUGAUGAUAUUGGGCAGUACGGAGUCGAAGUUUUUCAAAAGGCAGAAAACUUACUUCAACGAACAAGUCUUAUAGAAGCAACAAUAACAUCACUAUCAGCAGUAUCAGAGAGCAUCAAUGACUUACCAACACCAGCACAACACGAUGGUAUCAAUGACACCAAACCACGACUAACCAGAGCUGAACGUCGCACCGCGGACAAACGAGCCUGGUAUAAACGGAAAAAGUAA